AUGGCGUGCGCAGACCCCGCCCCGCCGCCGCCCGCGCCCGAAACCGAAAUCGACGCACUAACGCCCGCCGGCCCCACCCCACCCCACCCCCGAGCACCUGCUCCGGCACGCACGCGCACACCAUCGCCCUCUCCACUCUCACCCACACUAGCCACGUCCCGCACGGCCUCCUCGCGCGCGAGCUACAGCCGCGCUUCGCCGGCAACACCGCCCCCAUUACCGGCUAGGCGCCCUGCCAUCCUCGACCGCGCCAUGACCCUCGCGCUCGCGCACGACAUCCGCGCCACCGAUAUGAGCUACACCCCGUACCCGUCGCCCCCCCGCAUGCCCGCCGACCGCGACCCUGGGGCGCGGAGGAGAUGCAUCGUCGGGACGUGGGUUGCGGGGAUGAAGCCGGCGCAUGGAGCGGCGGUGGCCACGGUGCGUGGGGGGAGGGUGGAGCGGAUGCUGGUGGAUAUUGCCAGGGAGAGAAGCGGCGAGGUGCCGAGGGGUGGGAAUGUGGAGGAGACGAUGGAGCUGUUGAUGGACCGUGGCCCAAGACCGAUAGCUCCCUGGGAUGCGUACGUUCGGCCAGAGGACUAG